ACUUGCACCCUACGCGCACACGCACGUGUGGUAAGCUAGGAGCGGAGGUUUCUCUUGCCUACCGGUAUAAUUUGUGUAGAUUUUCAAAGCUGUAAUUGACAAAAUGCUUAACGCAGCAAGGAUAUCGUCCCGUUCAGUUCUAGGCUCUAACUCUGUGACGGAAUGUAUAUUACGUCGUAGCUUUGUCACCCUUUCUUCCAAGGACCACCUUGUAGAGAAGAAUGGUCAUGGUCAACAAGUUAGGAACAAGUCUGAUCAAGUUAAAGGUGCUGUUAUUGGCAUCGACUUGGGCACCACCAACUCUUGCGUGGCAGUCAUGGAGGGAAAGACUCCAAAGGUCAUUGAAAAUUCUGAGGGGUCACGGACGACACCGUCAGUAGUGGCAUUUACAGCUGAUGGAGAACGGCUAGUAGGCAUGCCAGCCAAGCGUCAGGCUGUGACCAAUGCUUCAAACACACUUUCAGCCACAAAGCGACUGAUUGGUAGAAAGUUUGAAGACCCUGAGGUCAAGAAAGACAUGCAAACCCAGUCUUAUAAAAUUGUGCGAGCUUCCAAUGGAGAUGCCUGGGUAGAGGCACAUGGAAAGAUGUACUCCCCUAGCCAGAUUGGUGCUUUUGUACUGAUGAAAAUGAAAGAAACAGCAGAGGGUUACUUGGGCCAUAGUGUCAAGAAUGCAGUCAUUACUGUCCCUGCAUACUUCAAUGACUCCCAACGGCAGGCAACCAAAGAUGCAGGCCAAAUUGCAGGCCUUAAUGUCCUUAGAGUUAUCAAUGAGCCAACUGCUGCAGCCUUGGCCUAUGGCAUGGACAAGACUGAUGACAAAAUCAUUGCUGUUUAUGACUUGGGAGGAGGCACUUUUGACAUCUCAGUGCUUGAAAUCCAAAAGGGUGUCUUUGAAGUGAAGUCAACUAAUGGUGACACAUUCCUUGGUGGAGAGGACUUCGAUAAUGCCCUUGUCAAGUUCUUUGUCCAAGAAUUCAAGCGUGAGCAAGGGAUUGACGUUACCAAGGAUAACAUGGCUAUGCAACGCUUGAAGGAGGCAGCUGAGAAAGCCAAAAUAGAGCUUUCAUCAUCAGUUCAGACGGACAUCAACCUACCCUACCUUACCAUGGACCAGUCUGGCCCCAAGCACAUGACACUGAAAUUGUCAAGGUCCAAGUUCGAAGGCCUUGUGGGAGACCUCAUUCGGCGGACUGUGGAUCCCUGUAAGAAGGCUAUGCAGGAUGGAGAGGUGAAGCGCACCGACAUUGGCGAAGUGUUGCUCGUUGGAGGCAUGACAAGGAUGCCAAAGGUUCAAGAAACAGUCCAGGAAAUCUUUGGAAAACAGCCAAGCAAAGCAGUGAAUCCUGAUGAAGCUGUUGCUGUAGGUGCUGCAAUUCAGGGUGGUGUCUUAGCUGGAGAUGUGACAGACGUCCUGCUGCUGGAUGUAACCCCACUUUCGCUUGGAAUUGAAACUUUGGGAGGCGUGUUCACUAAGCUAAUCAACCGAAACACAACCAUUCCUACUAAGAAGAGUCAGGUCUUCUCUACAGCUGCAGAUGGGCAGACACAGGUAGAAAUUAAGGUGCACCAAGGUGAACGUGAAAUGGCCUGUGACAACAAGCUUCUUGGCCAGUUCAGCUUGGUUGGGAUUCCACCAGCUCCUCGUGGAGUGCCUCAGAUAGAGGUUACAUUUGACAUUGAUGCCAACGGUAUUGUUCAUGUGUCAGCACGGGACAAGGGCACAGGCAAAGAGCAGCAAAUCGUCAUCCAAUCUUCUGGUGGCUUGAGCAAAGAGGAGAUAGAGAACAUGAUCAAGAAUGCAGAGCGUUAUGCUGAAGCUGACAGGCAGAAGAAAGAAACAGUUGAAGCUGUGAACCAGGCUGAGGGUAUCAUUCAUGACACCGAGUCAAAAAUGGAUGAGUUCAAGGAUCAGUUGCCUGAGGAAGAGUGCAACAAGUUGAAAGAAAAGAUCACCAAGGUACGAGAGAUACUUAGCAACAAAGACAAGGAAUCGGCCGAAUCUAUAAAGCAGGCAACAAAUGAUCUUCAACAAGCCUCUCUCAAACUUUUCGAAAUGGCCUAUAAGAAGAUGGCAUCAGAGAGGGCCAGUUCCGAGUCUUCAGGCUCCAGUGACAGUAGUAGCCAAGAGAAUGCUGAGAAGAAAGAAGAGAAGAACUGAACAGUGACUGUGACUCAGUGCAUAUUGUGGUGAAGCUGCCAUGAUGUGAAAGCAUCUCAUCAGUGAUAGGUUUAUUUCAUGAGUAUCAUAUGGAUCAUUGUAUCUUGAUUUCCAUGGUUACAAUGGCUUGUAUAAUAGGCUAGCAGCUCUUGGGCAUUGCACACUGUGGAAGGUAGACUUUCUGUAUGUUAGUGCUUGUGUUGAAAUUUUUUGUUUUACCUGGUGACUUUGCCAUUUUAUUGGAGCAUGACUGUACAGUAAGGAUAUUAGUGCCAGCUUUGUUGCUAUAUACAUGUGGCCAGAGGAAUCCUGUUAAUAUUUGUACUGUAGUGUUGUCAAAAACGCCAUUGCUCUAAUGGUAUCUUCUUUACUCCUUGGCCAUUUCUGCUGCAUGCCAGAGCAGCUUCAUUAACGAACUUUGAUUCGUAUUUGCAGUGCUGCCUUCUGACAUCCAAAUAAAAUUGUAUAUUAGUGUUGCUGCA